AUGAAGAACGCUAUUUCGAGUAGCUCCAAGGCCCACAGCGGUAACAAGCGCGAGCAUCAGAGGACACUCAUUAUCAGCAAGCGGCCCCACGUCCAAUCCUUCCGUAACGGUCCCGUCUCGGAACCGGUCAACGUCGACAAAUCGGCGUCCUUCGCUGAGACACAGUUCUUGAAAUGA